AUGCACCCGACCCAGAUCAGCAGCGGCCUGCGAGGCGGCGCUUGGGGGGCUAAGCCUGCAUUGGCACACGACAGCUGGUGGUCUGGAUUGUGCGCCGUCUGCGUGCGUGUGCGGCAUACUACGACUGACUAUGUGAGCAAGUAUACAAGGACUGCCGUGCGAGACGGGCCUGGCGACAAGACGAGCGCCCGAGCAGGCGGACAGCAGCGAGCGGACAGCAGCGCGCGGACAGCCGACAGCGAGCGCGCCCUCUGGCUCGUCCGACGCCGCCGUGACGAGCGUCGAACAAGACCGAAGGCCAUGGAAAGCUGGCAGCCCAGAGUUGGCCGUCCAGUGGCGGUUCCGACGAGGGGGGGCGUGGCCACGCUGCUUUAG